AUGGAUUCCAGUACCGAAGCUUCCCUACUCGCAAGCGGGAAAGAUGCUACCAGCAGCAGCGGCAGCAAGCUAUUACUGAAAAAAUCCGGCAGCAGAAACAACCCGGGUUCUAGAUCUCGCGGCGUGAGCGGGUGGUGGGUCUUCGCGCCGUUCCGAUGGCUGCUGCGGGUGCUGUUGUUCUGGCGGCGGCGCAGCGACGACGACUUUGAGCGGAAGCUGCAGCACCUGUCGUCGGAGGAGGUGAACGUGCACCGGCGGCUCAAGCAGCGCAUCGUGUGGUGGCGACGCACCGCGCGCUCCAUCAUGCUCUACUCCUCCUCGCUCGAGUUCCUGAUUGUGGGCGUGGCGGUGGUGGUGGCGCGCUCGCCGGACCUGCUGUGGCACCACCGCCUCGUGCGCACGUCGCCCGUGCUGCUCUUCCCACUGCUCGCCACGGCGCUCUACACCCUCUGCUCGCGCCUCGUGCAGCUGUACGACAAUCGGGAUCGGGACACGCUGGAGCGCCUCAAGGCGGAGAGGCAGGCGCACCUAGACGAGCUCAAGGAGCGCACCAACUAUUACAAGACGCUGCAGAUCAUCCAGCAAUACGAGAAGGAUCCUGGCUGGUCGGCGGCAGACCCGUUGACAGCAGCAGCAGCAGGUACUGCUGGCGCGAAGGCUGGUAAUGCUGCCGGUUCAAAGGGCCUCCCUGGUGCUGGUACUGGUGCGGGUGCUGCUGGCUCUGCUGGUGGUGUGCUUGGCAAGGGUCGUAGAACGAGCUCUCUUCCCUCCUUCCAAACUCCUCAAACGCCCCACACGCCCUCCUCCUCCCUGCUACCAUCUAUCGUGGGCGUCAUUGGCGGUGGUGCGUCUGGUGCGUCUGCAGACACCAACGGUAUCGCCUCCCCUGAUGCUGCUGGGUACGGCGCUGCCGGUGCGGCAGGGGUGGCAGGAGGAGGAGUGGGCGGGGGGGGUGGAUUCAUGGGCGGAAAGGGAGGGUACCACCAGGACGAGGCAGCAGCAGGGGGGAUGAGUUUGAGCAGCCCUGCUGGUCUGCGCAGGCGCAGGGGGAGUGGGAAUCAUGGGAGUGCGGGAGUGAGUCCUGGGGCGGCUGGGGGACAGGGCGCGGGCGGGGGAGGAGGCGGAGGAGGGGGAGGGGGAGGGGGAGGAGGAGGAGCAGGUGGGGCGGAUGCAGGUAACUCGUUUGGGGGAGGGGCGCUGGGGUGGAUUGCUGGGUUGAUUCUGGGGGAUGCGGUGGCAGGGGAAGGAGGGGCGGCAGCAGGGGGAAGUGGACCAGGAGCAGCAGCAGGAGCGGGAGCGGGAGCGGGAGCAGCAGCGAAAUCGCCCUCGCUCUUGCUCCCAGGGCCUCUGGCCUCUACACCAUCUCACAGCCGCAUCAGCAGCGGUGGUGUUGGUGGUGGCAGCGCGGCAGCAGCAGUAGCAGGGCGCCCGUCUAGUGGGGCGUUCGGCCAUGGAGCAGGGGCUGAGGCAGGGAGAGAAAUCGCAGGAAUGGGGGUAUCAGCGCACGGGUAUGGAGAUAGAGCGAUGUCAGGUCCCGGGAUGGGAAUGGCGGCUACUGCUGCUGCUGGUGGGGGUUUUGGUGGUGCUGGCGGUGUUGGUGGAGGUGGUUGGGGGGGUGGGGGGAGUGGAGCAGGGGCGAGGAGGACAGGAAGGGCGUCGGAGGAGGGGUGGAUGGCGAGGAUAGCAGCGAUGCUGGUGGGGGAGGAUGCCACUCAGUGCUAUGCGCUCAUCUGCCACAAGUGCUUCAGCCACAACGGCUUGGCGCGCAAGGAGGACUUCCCCUACAUCACCUACAUCUGCCCCCACUGCCGCCACCUCAACCAAGCUCCCGCUGCCACCCAGCAGCAGCCGCAGCAGCAGCACCACCAACACUCCCACCCCCACCCGCAGCAGCAGCACUACCAUGAGCAAAGUGGCAGUGGCAGUGGCGGAAUAGGGGGGUUCGCAAGCGGUGGUGAGAGUGGUGUGGGAGGUGCAGGUGGUGGUGGGGAUAGGGGUGCAGAUGAUGGGGAACUGGAUGAAGUGGGUGAAAGCAUUGAGGGGGGAGGAGGAGCGAAUGGAGGGGGUGGCGGAGAGGGAAAUGCAGAGAUGGAAGCUCAGCGGGGAGCAGAGGAGGAGGGGGGAACAGGGAGUGAGGGACAUGUGCAGAGACCAGGGCAGGAUGACGGUGCCAGGGAGUUAGGAGUGGUGGACGGUGGUUCCACUGCUGGGUUGCCCGUGGCUGGUGGAGAUUCACACGAGGGGCCUGAGAGGCCUGAGGGAGCUGGGGGGUCUGAGGUGUGUGGUGUUUCAGCUUCACCUGUGCGUGAAGGGAAGGAUGGAGGGAGUGGUGAUGGGAGUGGCUUGGACGAGGGUGAGUGGAGCAUCGUGAGCGGUGGUGGGGAAGUCGAGAAAGCUAAGGUGGAGGCGUGA